AUGUACAAGGUAUUGGAGCGCAUUAUCCUGGACCGACUCAUUAAACAUAACGAAGAAACAACGCGCGACGAGCAAGCUGGCUUUCGUCCGAUGGAGUACCAGGAAACACCAUCAGGACACCCCUUGACCGAUCUCGAGUACGCUGACGAUGCUGUUAUAUUCGCGGUAAGCAGUACAAAACUUCAACAUGUUGUCAACCUUGUAUCGAAGCUGGCUCCAGCCUUUGGACUACGUCUACCCCCUGAUAGAUGCAAGCAGAUGUGGAUCUCUUCGACACCUCCACAAGGAAUCAGGGUGGACGGACAACCGAUAGAACUCGUCGAUGAGUUCUGUUACCUGGGCUGUACGCUGAAGAACAACGGCAGCUACGAGAGAGAUGUUCAGCAAAGAUGCACUAAGGCCACUUCUGCAUUUAACUCCUUAGCGAAAUGCCUGUGGUGGACCGUCAUCACCAACGAAGUUAAGCUGCGAGUCUACCUAUCCACAAUUCGCCCCAUCAUGAUGUAUGGAUUGGAGACUUGGAUAGCACCAGCUUCGGUGAUGGAGAUGCCUGAUUGUACUGAACGAAAGCUGCUUAGACUGCUACUCGGCUACUUUUGGCCUAGGGUAUACCACAAUGAAUAUCUUUACGCAGAAGUUGAUGUGGUAUACCGGCGGAUGACACGUGGAAGAUAUCAAUAUUUUGCACCGCCAUCGAAAGUGGCUAAAGUAAAUCGUCUUCGUUUCCUUGGUCAUAUAUUAAGGAGACCGUCAGAUCGCCUUGUUCAAUGUGUUCUGAGGAGCUUGCUCGGUUUGAGCUGGAAGAAGCCACCUGGCCGAAAACGGAAGUUCUGGACUGAGGUGGUGAAAGAGGACCUGAGGACACUCGGCGUGGGUAGGCAGUACAGGCGAGACGUAAAGUUUCACAGAAUAUGGAAUAGCGAUGAAUGGAUUGAUUCUGUGCAAGCUCACGCAGAAGAUCGAGAAGGUUGGGCAGAGUUGUGUUCAAAGACGGCACACUUCGGCGAAGAUGCGAACACCCAUUGGCCUGGUCCAAUAUUAUUUUCGUCCGAACCACCUCUGUUUGAUACGAACCGAUCCGUUGUGUUGCUUACUCCUACUACCGAUUCCUCAGAUUUCGAGCGUUCUCUUCCCAACAUCCCAGUCAAAAAGCUUCCAAAAAAUUGUUCAGGGGAUGUUAAAGAGCAAUCACUUAAAGAUGGUUCCACUACUUCACCCAAAGUAGAAGAUGUGUGUAAGCAGAAGAUGGUUAUUUCAAAGGAUACCGCUUUGAAAGAAAAGACACCGUCACAGUCAGCAGAGAGAAUGCCGGUAAAUGUUGCUGAGAAGUAUAGAAGUAUUUUCGAUGAAGGUGAUGAUGAUGAUGACGAUUUAUUCGAUAUUAAAGCAAAACAGGAGUUGCCAAAGCUUGUUGAUAAGGAAAAAACUGAGAAAGUAAUGCCGAAAAAACUUAUUGAAUCACCCUUCUCAAAGCUGCUGGGAGAAAAACUAGCACGUGGCCCAAUUCAGCCAGCAGAGAGCAAACAAGCAGAUACUAGCUCAUCUAAAGCAACUGUAACGGGUAUUGUUGCUACUGUAGCUUCACCGAAAGCCAAAAAGGACUCUGACGAAACUCACAGUAGUGAUUUCUUCAAGCCAUUGUAUUCUGUUGUAAAGGAUCGAACCCGUGGACCUACUCGAAGGCCACCUUCAAAGAAUAAAGUGGGGUCAGGUAUCCUACCGCCCGAGAUUGGUGAUGCUCACAAUUCGCCAGCAGAAGAUGUGGUUUCUAAACUAGAAAAAGCCGAAGUCGUAGUGGCUGAGAAUGAAAAGUUGCCUACUGAAUCGAAAGAAAAUCCACAUGCAUCUAUUAAGCAAGAGAUGACCACCCAUGCGGAAUGUGCGCAACGAAGUGCUGUCCAGUCGCUUUUCGACGCGGAUUCAGAUGAGGGUGAGGACGGCGACAAUUUGUUUUCGAAUGCGGUGGCGCAGAAUUUGAAAUGCAGUGCAUCGUCUGAUGUGGAACAUGUGUCUUCCUCCAAGCCUUCCAGUAAAGUAACAACACAUUCAUUGUUUUCUGAUGAUGAUGAUUCGGAUCUGUCUUUGUUCCGUAAAAAGUAG